CAAAAAAAAAAUAAAAAAAAAUGGCGAUAACGCAUGCCGAUCUUGCUCCAAGACCGAAAGGCGGCUAUCUUGGCAGCAAAACUGGUGCAUUUGUCAUGGUUUUGACCGUAGUUCUUGGCCUUUUUUAUUUCUAUCUCUGUCUGCUGGCUGACGCUACACGAUCCGAGGUGAAUUGGAUGGCGACAAAUGAAGGAAAAGGAAUAGAAUCUGAGUGCACGUACACCGGCAGCGGCAGAUCACCUCUUUUGUCGGCUUCUGCAGCAUUUUUGUGUCUGGCGAUAGCAAUGAUGGUGCAUCACAUGUACUUAUUGGUUGCAGUUAGCAAGUCGGAUGCGCUGGUUGAUGCCACGUCAGACCCAGAUUCGUCUUUUGCCAGCUCUCUCGCCUGCCAAGCCGGAUUUUUUUCGUGUCUACAUGAGAUCCUGAUGCUCAUUGGGCUGAGCAUUGAAUCGGGCCACCUCACCAAUUGGGCCACGCCCCGGCCCAGCUGCCUAGCAAACAAACCGGGCCUGUUCACGGCUGGCGGAGUUUCGGGCCUGGUGACCGUUUUUCUCGCCUCGGGCCUCUACAUAACUGCUCUGCGACGCGAGAAAAUAGGAGACGCGAGAUAUUGCAUAUUGGAGGCAAGUGCCACGUAUGCGACCCCACCAGGAACGCCAGCUGGAGUCAACCCUUUGACCAGACAAGAAUAUCGGAAUAAUAAUUUGGAUGGGUUGCGAUAUUACUUGACG